AGGCGGCGCACAUCCUAUUAACCAUUAAACCGAUGUGGCUGCUCGCUGAAGUUGUGCAAUUCGCCACCGUAUGUUUUUUUUUUAUGUUACACACGUCAACUGCCCGUCAUCGAUUUAUCAAAGAGAAGCUUCAGAAGAACCUGAGAUUGUUGUAAAUGUAUCAACAUCAGAGGUCAGUAUGAAGAAGACGGUCCGGCCAGCGGUCAGUAAGGUGAGCGGAGACAGAGGCAAGACGGAAGCCACAACCACCUCUGGCACUGGAAAGCCUCUAGCCAAGACCACCAGCACGGCAGCACCUCUCUCAAAGGUAAAAAGCAAUGACGAUCUUUUAGCAGCGAUGGCUGGAGGGAACCCUGCAUCAGGCAGUGCUGUCACCAAGACCAAGAGGACUGCCUCCAUUGGGACGACGGUGAACAACCUGGACAGCAAGUCGAAGAUAACGUCAGGUACUUCAGCUAAGCGUGCAACAUCUUCAACUUUAAAAGACACAAACUCGUCACGAGACCGCCUGCGGACUUCAAGGACCACAUCCGUUAAGAAGCAGUUGGUGUCUGGUACUGUAGCAGGAGAUGUGGCCUCAGGGAAGCGCUCCCGCAACCUGAUCCUGACAGAAUCUGAGGGCCGUAUGAGCAAGUCUAAAUCAGAUGGUCAGAUCAGUGAUAAGGUGGCUUUAGAGGCCAAAGUAAAAGACCUGUUGGGUUUGGCUAAGAGCAAAGAUGUGGAAAUCCUACACUUGCGUAGUGAACUGAGAGACAUGAGGGCUCAGCUUGGCCUGGGAGGGAAGGAUGCAUCACUACAGGAAGAUGUUGCAGAGGAAGAGAAACCUCAGGUUUCAGCCAUCACAGCAGCUGAUGUGGAGUCCACGCUGCUUCUUUUGCAAGAGCAGAACCAGGCCAUCAGAGUGGAACUGAACUUGCUAAAGAGUGAGAACCGUAUGCUCAAAGACCGCCUGAACGCACUGGGUUUCUCUCUGGAACAGAGGCUAGACUGUUCUGACAAACUUUUCAGCUAUGCCUCACUCAGCCCGGACCUGGCAGGUGGCGGCGGGCAAAGCGACUGUGGUGGCACAGGCAUGCUGCCUUCCUCAGUGGAAGGCUCUGCUCCUGGAUCAUUGGAGGACCUACUCACAGGCCACCAGCACGGAGGCUCAGCAGACAACCUUGAUAGUGAAUCCAGUGAGGUGUACCAGGCGGUGACGUCUAGCGACGAUGCUCUGGAUGCACCUUCUGGAGCCUCAUCUUCGUCUGAGUCGGAGUGCGCGCCCAGCAGAGAGCGCUCUCGCAGGGGCAGCAGUGGCAAUGCCAGUGAGGUUUCAGUAGCCUGUCUCACUGAACGCAUUCAUCAGAUGGAAGAGAACCAGCACAGCACCGCUGAGGAACUUCAGGCCACAUUACAAGAGCUGGCUGACCUGCAGCAAAUCACCCAGGAGCUGAACGGCGAGAACGAGCGGCUUGGUGAGGAGAAGGUUAUCCUCAUGGACUCUCUGUGCCAGCAGAGCGACAAGCUAGAACUGUAUGGCCGGCAGAUUGAGUACCUCCGCUCUUUAUUAGAUGAGCAUCAUAUCUCCUAUGCGUUGGAAGAGGACAUCAAGAGUGGUCGCUACAUGGAGCUGGAGCAGCGCUACGCUGAUCUGGCAGAUAAUGCCCGCUUUGAGAGAGAACAGUUGCUGGGGGUCCAACAGCACCUCUCCAACACUCUGAAGAUGGCUGAACAGGAUAACGCAGAGGCCCAGGAGAUGAUUGGAGCCCUCAAGGAGAGGAACCACCAAAUGGAGCGCAUCAUGGAAUCUGAGAGACAGGAUCGGACCGCUAUGGCAGCUGCCCUUGAAGAAUACAAAGCAGCAAUGAGCAACGACCAGGCGGAGCUGAGCCGCUGCAGAGCCCAGCUAGACCAAGAGAGGCAGAAGGUGGCAGAACUGUACUCGAUUCACACUGCAGGGGACAAAAAUGACAUCUGCCAGCUGCUGGAAGGUGUGCGGCUGGCAAAGGAAGACGCUGAAGCCAAGGCUGCGAAGAUGCAAGAGGAGCUAGAACAAGCUCACGGUGAUAUCGCUCAACUGCAGGACACUUGUACUAAGCUGGAAGGAGAAUAUAGAGACUUCCAAGAGCAGGCGCAGCAGCGGAUGGAAGAGCAGGAGCGAGGCCUGGAGAAGCAGCGUGUUGACCUGCAGGAAAAGGACACUGAGAUUGCCGACAUGAAGGAAACCAUCUUUGAGCUGGAGGAUGAGGUGGAGCAGCAUCGAGCUCUCAAGCUCCAUGACAACCUCAUCAUCACAGACCUGGAGAAUUCAGUGAAGAAGCUGCAGGACCAGAAGCACGAUAUGGAGAGAGAAAUUAAGAUUCUUCAUCGCCGGCUGAGGGAGGAGUCGAUGGAGUGGCGUCAGUUCCAGGCUGAUCUCCAGACAGCUGUUGUGAUUGCGAAUGACAUCAAGUCGGAAGCACAAGAAGAAAUUGGAGACUUGCGGCGCCGGUUGCAGGAAGCUCAGGAGAAGAAUGAGAAGCUGAGUAAGGAACUGGAUGAGGUCAAGAGCCGCAAGCAGGAGGAGGAACGAGGCAGAGUGUACAACUACAUGAAUGCUGUGGAGCGUGACCUGGCUGCACUCAGACAGGGGAUGGGCCUCAGCCGCCGCUCCUCCACCUCCUCGGAGCCUUCGCCCACAGUCAAAACGCUCAUCAAGAGCUUCGACAGCGCCUCACAAGGUCCAGCUCCCAACGGCACCUCUGUGGCUCCAACGACUUCUGCUGCUCCUCUCUCACGAACCCCCCUCAGUCCCAGCCCAAUGAAGACCCCUCCAGCUGCAGCAGUUACACCCAUACAGAGACACACCAUAACUGGGUCUAUGUCAGCAGCCAAGCCGCUGUCGUCUCUGACUGACAAGAGGUCCAGUUACACGGACCUCACCAUGCCACCUGAACACCUCCUCAGAGGAGCAUCGACUAGCCGUCCUCCUUCUGUCCUCCAGAGGAGCUCAAACAUGGAUUCCACCAAGACCAUGUCAGUGUCCCGCCGGAGCAGCGAGGAGAUAAAGAGAGACAUGUCUGCCUCAGACGGGACCUCCUCAUCCUCCAUUAUGGCCAUGGGUGCAUCCUCCUCCCCACUCUCCCUGUCCUCAUCCUCACCCACAGCGUCCAUCACACCCACAGCGCGCAGCCGCCUGAGAGAAGAGAGGAAGGACCCACUGUCUGCGCUGGCCAGAGAGUACGGCGGUUCCAAGAGAAAUGCUUUGUUGAAGUGGUGCCAGAAGAAAACCGAGGGUUAUCAGAAUAUUGAUAUCACCAACUUCAGCAGCAGCUGGAAUGACGGGCUUGCUUUCUGCGCUGUACUUCACACCUACCUGCCUGCCCACAUCCCGUACCAGGAGCUGACCAGCCAAGAAAAGAGGAGAAACUUUACUUUAGCCUUCCAGGCAGCAGAGAGUGUGGGGAUCAAAUGCACUUUGGACAUUAACGAGAUGGUGCACACAGAGAGACCAGACUGGCAAAACGUUAUGACAUACGUCACAGCCAUCUAUAAAUACUUUGAGACCUGACUUCACCAAGAUGCCACCCAGCUUCUGCAACACAAUUGGAGCCAAUGCCGACCCAUCUGAGCACUCGGAAGC